CAUUUUACAGCCGCACAUAACAAUGGCAGCAUGUUCCAAAAUCAGUGAAGUUGAAGCUGAAAUAGAUGAUCCAGGUGCCGCUCCUUUUGGUAAUUUUAUAAACUAUUACACCUUUAAUCCUCCGGAAAACCGUCUGAGUCUGAUCCCAGCUUCCCUAUUAAAAGAUGUGGGCCACGGCGAACAUAAGGCACUCAUUCUGGACGUGGGAUGCAACUCCGGGGAGCUGACAGUGGCGUUUUACGAGCAUAUCCAGAAAACCCUGACUGAAGAGGAUCCAUCUCAAAGACCAGUCCACAUGCUGGGUUUUGAUUUGGAUGAGACUUUAAUCCAGAGAGCUAACCAGACCAACCCUUUUCCCAACAAUAUCUCCUUCAUUCACCUGGAUAUAAUGUCAGAUACUGAGGCCCUGCAGGACUAUCUUAAACAACAUGGCUGCUCUCGAUUCCACCUCUGCCUGUGUUUGGCUGUGACUAUGUGGGUGCACCUAAACCACGGAGAUUCAGGUUUGCUGCAACUUCUUUCUGACCUGUCCUCCUGCUCUGAACACCUUUUACUAGAAGCCCAGCCAUGGAAGUGUUACCGAUCAGCAGCAAGAAGACUGAGAAAAUUGGGCCGGCUGGACUUUGACCAUUUUAAGACUUUGGGAAUUAAAGGAGAUAUGGCUGAACAUGCUAAACAGUAUUUAGAAAAGCACUGCGGGAUGGAGUUAGUGCAGAGUUUUGGGAGUACAAUGUGGGAUAGGAAACUUUUACUCUUUAAAAAAAGGUGAC